UGCACUGAGCACCUUAAGAGAAAAGCUGCUUUCAGAGCAGCUGUCAGUUGCUCCUGGCUGAAGCAUGGAAGUCUCUACCCUCGCCACGUACCACUGCCUUGCUUUUGUCUGGUACCUUUUCGUUGCCUAUUCCAUCGCACACGUAAAAACAGAGGAGCAGCCAUCUGAAGUGUUCCUUUACGGGGCGCAGUGGAAAUAUUUGACAGUCCUCAAUCUGGUUUUGCAGGCUGUCUUCUAUGGGGUGUCCUUCCUGGCUGAUGUGUUGAGACUAAUUAAGAAUCUGCGAUGUGCUAAGUGCAUAAUUUCCAGCAGAGACCUUCUUUUCAGUGUCCUGGCUUUCCCAGUGUCCACAUUUGUGUGUAUAUCCUUUUGGACACUGUAUACCUACAACCGAGAGCUGGUUUACCCCAAAAGCCUUGAUGGAGUCAUCCCGCUCUGGUUAAAUCAUGCUAUGCACACAGCUGUAUUGCCAUUUGCUCUCCUGGAAAUCCUUGCCUUGCCGCAUCGUUACCCAGCAAAGAAGAAGGGAUUGUUCCUACUGGGAUUUGUUGCUUUUCUCUAUAUCAGUUGGAUCCUGUGGAUUUAUUCUGUAACAGGAGAGUGGGUAUAUCCUCUCUUAGCUUUGUUCAGCCCCCCUGGACUAGCAGCCUUUUUUGCCGGUAGCCUUGCCAUCAUCAUCGCCUUCUACAACUUCGGAGAGUUCCUCAACCGUAUGAUAUGGGGAGAUUCAAUAGUAAUACUGGACCACAAGUGGAAAGGCAAGUGAAUCCUCCUCUUGAAGCCAAACAAUCUCUCCAUGAAUGCUGAAGCCAUGAAGUAGAGGAAAAUAAAUGUAGCUGUGAUAAAUCCUUUCUCCAAUGCAUUGCAGCUUCUGGUGAAGCCAUUAUGACAUCAGACAUACGGAAAACUGGUGGAAAAUAUGAAAUGUUUCCCUCUUUCAUGAUAACUCUGCAACUGCUAUGAAUAAGAAAAUUGUGUUCAUCUGUUUACACAGAUUUCUCAUCUCUUGCACAACGUACGUGUCCAUGGUUAAAAGUUGUCACUGGUAAAUGCACUCCCUCAUGAGCCUCACACCACUCUGUAAAAGACCUGUGAAUGCAAGCCAGCUCUUAUUUGGAUUGCCCUUCAUCAAGUCUGGAAAAAAUUAAGAGGAGAGAUAAUUUUAACAGUGCUGUGACUUCCAAGCUAGCUAGAUAACAAAUUGGGCUAACAAGCACUGUAAUUAGGAAUGUCUG